ACAGUAAGCAUCCGGAUCUUUUUUCGCAACGUACUAACUGUAACUAAUUUUAUACUCACCCAAAAUGCAGUUAAAUAUUAGUUGCAGCGAGGAACUCGUGGACGAAUUGGCCAGAUUUUCAGGCAGAUAUACGGUACAACCCGAAAGUUUAUCAAACUUCGAUGUACAUCUCGAGAAUCAUCAAAUAGAAGCUCUCCAGUGGAUAAACCUGUGUGAGAAUAUGGAACCAUUUGGUGGUAUCCUGGCCGAUGACAAAGGAUUAGGCAGUACGUGUACUAUAAUUUGCUGGCUACUCCUCAAAAAACUAGAGAAUAGGCAAGACACACACUCGAACUAUGCUGGCGAAACUCUGAUUGUAUGUCCAAAAGCUAUCCUGACCCAGUGGGUAGAUAAGAUUAGAGCUGUGGCGGGUGAUCAGCUUUGGGUCUAUGAGUACAUCGGAAAAAAUCGCGACAUCAGCAACAUUUAUAACGCAGACAUUGUGAUCACCACCUAUAGAGUUGUAACGUAUGAUGCGAAGAAAGAAACGAAUCCGCUGGAUCUCAAAUGGCGUCGCCUCAUUUUGGAUGAGGCUCAAGCCAUAAGAAAUACCAAGUCGGAAUGUUCAAAAGCAAUCUGCACUCUGAACAGCCAUUUUCGAUGGGCUGUGACUGGAGAUCCAAUCCAGAAUAACGAAAAAGAUUUUAUGGCAUUGCUCGGCUUUCUGUGCAGAGGACAGUUAAGGAAGGAUAAACGUUUGUGCUUAAGGCGUACAAUGUCUGAUGUUCAGUCAACUGAACAGAUUCAGAAUUUUCCAACUCUAAAAGAAUUUCCCAUUGAAGUAUAACUUGAUGUACAAGAAAGAAUAUUGUAUGACAAAGUUCGUAACAAACUGGAUCGACAAGUCCAGAGGCGCUCCAUGAUACACUUGGUGCGGGUGCAACCCAACAGCU